AUGGAUCCAUGGCCUUGGGAUGCCGGUGCCUCGCAGACUGCGAGCCGCAACACCUGCCGGGAACGCAUUGAAGAACUACGCCAAAGCUUGUUAAAAGCAAAGACUGCGCCAUCAUUGCCAAGCUCUCCUGUGGGCAGCCCGGUCAGCACUCUUCUGACGGAUGAAAUCCGACGUAUUCAACAGCAGGCCAUCACGGUGGAACAACAACUUCAGGAAAGAAGUGCAGAGCUGAUUGGACUGAAGCAACAGCAGAUGGAUGUGAAGGUGCAGGCUGAUGAUGAAGCUUUGCAGGUGAAAGCAAAGAUCCAAGAAAUUUGGCAAAGCUUGGCACUCUCGGCGCAUUGCUCAGCUGAACAGAGGGGUGAUUUGCAGAUGUUCGAAUCACGUGGCCGUGAAAAGAGACGGAUAGUUGGAUGGUAUGCUGGGGCUGGUUUGGGUGAAUUCCACCCCGAUCCUUUUGGGGAGACUACAGGACAGGGCCAAGCACAAAACAGACGUAAGGCACUGUGCCAAAAGGGUCAGCAAGAGCAAACGUGGUGCGACUUCGAUCCAUCGUGCGCCCAUGGCGGCACGCCCAACCAUUGGAAAGCGGCUGCUGUCAGCGCCUGCUUCCAGGCAUCAGCAGAGAAGGAGGAUGCGAAAUAUCCUCGACUUGCACAUGAUGCUGAGCCCCAGCCUACCCCAACCAGAAAGGUCACAACAGCGGGCCAAGGUUUUGCUCCGGGGGUGCCCACUGCCCGAGCACCACGCCCAGGGCCUGCACAGCCAGUGCUGCGACCGGCCUUGCGACCAGCGUUGCCAAGGCCUCUCUUGCCACGAGCAGAAGCAGCUUCCAGAGCAAGGCACACGUGGGCGGCACGCCCAGCUGGCCCAGUGAUAACACCUGCGGCGCCAGUGACACCGACAGCACCAGUCGUAACGCCAAUGACGCCAGCGAAACCAGCACCGGCAAAGGUUCCUGAGCCGUCAGCUCCACCAAGGGUGCCUCCCAAAGCGAUGCCCACCGAACCACAGCCCCCACAGCCCAAAGCAAUGCCUGCUACGCCACCACCAAAAGCAAUGCCUGCCACUUGGACCAAGCAUCAAAAAUUAGACAGGGAGAAGCUAGUGGUUUAUGCAGAGGGCCCGGAGAAAGAUCGGGGGAUCGCUGUGAGAACUAUGUCUGGCACAUACUUGCAGACUGGCACCAGCUGCGGGAGAAAAACCUAUGAGAAGGAAGGGAAGCAGGAUCCCAAGGUGAUCAUUUAUUACUGGGAUGAUCGGGAUGGUCCCGAAUUCCGCGGAUGGUGGUUUGGCAAUACCUUGGCAGGUGCACAAGUGUGGUCGCGCUGCGAUCACGAUUCCGACAAGCCACCCUUUCGCGGUUGGAAAAUUCCUUGGGAUGGCCAAGUACAGGAAGACUUGCGGGUAGAAUCAGAAGCUUCAAGGCAGGAAAGGGACGCAAAGACGCAGCUGGAAGAACUGAAGCAACAGUCGACUCCGCUGAUCUUGGCUGCGAAGAAGUCGCAGGAGAAGGUACGCCUUGCGUGCAAAAAAAGACAGAUGGACAACGUGAGCGAACUGUUGCAAGAAUUGGCCUCAGUUUGUGACGCGCUGCGCAUGAUGAGUAAUAAGCUUUCUGCAAUACCAAAACCCAGUCGGAGUUUGAGCAACAACGAGGUGUUGGAGGAAUUGCAAGAAUUGGGCAAUCUCAUUUCAAAAGAAGUUAGCGCAUUGAAAGCCGAAGAUCUAAAUGUCCGCCAAGUCAGCAAGGAGGUGGAAGAUGAGCGUGUGCGAAAGGAACAAGACCUACUGGAUGAUGCAGCCAUGACGCAUUUCCUACCAGACAUUGUUGCCACUGUAAAUGUUGCUGAAGACGAGGUGGAGAAGGCUUUGAUCACAUUCUCCAUGCUUCGAAGUUGCGAGGAGGAGGCGACAGCCUUGGAGGGUUUGAAGUUGACGGAAGAUGCCUUGAGCACUGCCCAGAAGGCUUUGGAUGAUACCAAGGCCAAGCUGAAGGCAAAGCGCGGAACUUUGCCUUCAUUAAAAAACAGCCGUCCCAGAGGAGAAGUGGAGCUUGAGAGGCUGGAGCAGCAGUUGCAAUCUGCGCAAGUAAAGCUGAAACCCUUGAGAACAGCUCGGCAGGACUGGGAUCACCAGAGAAGAAGCAGGAAACUGGUGGAAGAGGUGGAGCAGCAGAUCAUUUUAGCAGAAGUGGAGAUGGACCGUGUUGAGGUGAUCUUAAAGAGCCAAGACACAGAAUCCGUCACGGCCGCGUGUGUCGCAGAAGUACAGGCUGCAGUGAAGUUGAGUGCUGACGCACAGCAGACAAUGAUGAUGCACUUCAGCUCCCGAAAAUUUCAGAAUUCCGGGAGCAAACAUGUGGAAGCACUUACUGCACGCGUGGACUCUGUCCAAGCACGUCACAUCGCAGCAGAAUCCAACCUUCAAAACAUGGAGGACCGCUUGACCACCGACGGCUUCCUGGCAGAGGUGAAGGCCAAUCUCGAGGCGAUCAAGGAGGAUGUGCGCAAGAUGCAGGAGUUGCUGCAAAAAGACCAGGAUGACCUCAGCACCGUGAAGGCUGCAGAGGAGCUGAACGUGAAAAUCCAGCAGAGUUUCCCCGUGACCAAGGUGUUCCUGUCCAUGAAGAUCGUGGAAGUAAAACGCCUUACUACAGAGGCUGGUGUGGCAGCUUUGGUAUGCCUGCAGGAGUGCGAGGAGCAACUUGAAAUGAGUCGAGAGGCCUUCGAGAAGCAGAGCAACUUGAUUGGAGAAAAGCGUGCGAAGGCUCAUCUGGAGCAGGCAGCCGCCGAAGUUUUGGUCGCUGAGCAGAAGGCCGCGGAGCUGAAGGAAGCCAGUCGUGUUUGGGCUGAGACUGACUUGGUUGCUGAAGAGCUCAAGGAAGCCACGGAGAAGUCGUUGAGACUAGAAAGGGAGGUGAACAAGGCCCUGGGCGAGGCCAGAAAGGUAAUCGCCUGCCGCCAGAUUGAGGCUAAAAACAAGAACACACCUCACAGCUUUGUCGCUGGUUUGGAACAGCUGCAGAAUCGCUUGGUACAGGUGCAGUCAGAAGUAGGCAAUCAGCGGAAGUUGUAUGCAAUAGUGGAGCAACGGAUGAAAGGGCGCAAAAUUCAACAGGAAAUCGAGCAAAAGUUGAAGCCAUUGGAGGAAGGGUUGCAAGCUGCAGAGAAGAUGGCGGAGAAGCACGAGUUGUUGCUGUCUCAGGAAUCGGCCAAUCUCAAGGAGUUGAUGAAAGAGUUGAAGAAUGCUGAGAUCAAAACGCAAGAUUUGCAGCUGAGUCUCAAACCAUUGGCAAGGUUGAUGGAGUCGGCCAAGGUGGACGGAUCACGGCUACAGGAAAUGCAGGAGCGCUUCCAGAGCACACUGACAAAGUUGAAGCAGCACUCUGAAGCCUGCUUCUUGCAGGACCUGCUGCGCGAUGCUGAAGCGCGCUUUGCCACGGCCAAGGCUUCCGCUGAUGAGGUGGAACGCGGAGCGCCCUCCAAGACCACAGAUGCGGUGCAGGCUGCUACAGCCUUGAACAAGUGGGAAAAGUCUAUUCAGACAGUGAUGCUGUCCAUCAGCUCCAAUCGAUCGGAGAUGUCCCUGUGAAGCGGCUGGGCAUUCAACGACUGAAAUCGGAUGGAGCGGUCCAAGCGGUCGAAGC